GGGACCCCGCUGACGCAUUCCUUUACUCUGCUUGGCCAGCUAUGGCAAUAAUGUGGGAUGACUGUUUUUCAUUUCUCCUCAUAGUCCACAGAUCAGGCUAUGUCGGCCGGGUUGAAGCUGUGACACAUCGGCGGUGAUACAGAAGCAGAAGGGGGUGAACUGAUGAUGAGAGAAGUGGCAAACUAAAACUUCCCCGAGUGACGCGCCCGGCCGCGGCUCCUCCCUGUUAACAGCAACGCAAAAAAGUUUCGCACUCUCAAUUUCUCCUGAUGAAGCGAUAGCUUGGCGGAGUGCGUUAGGACUGAGAGAUAAAUUCAAGGGUUUGUCAUUUCAAGCCAGAAAGAAGUCUGGACAUGAAAGCACUCAACUGGUAGAAAAGUCACUUGAAUCUUUUCCCCAAGCUUGCGGCAUCAUGAAGCCACUGCUGCGCUUCAGCGUCUCACUGUGGACUCUUCUGGUCUUCUGCGCUUUGCUCAAGAUCUCCCAAGCAGAAUGUGCCAAUAAUGAAUGUGACAGCAAUCAGACAGAAACAUUAACAACAACAACAACAAAUAUCAUGAUUGGAUCUAGACCAAACUGCACCUUAUCCAUUGGGAACAAUACCUCUGGAAUCGGUUCGAUAAAUGGUUUGAUUCCUGGAACAGUCUAUCAAAUUGUCCUUAAUUGUUUGAACUGCUGCAAAGAGGCCACAACAAAGCCUGAAGUAGUCAGGAAUCUCACUGUCACUGGUUUUACAACUUCCUCUGUGUCUCUGAACUGGACUGAACCAGAGGGAAAGAGCUCUUUCUAUAGCGUACAGUGGACUGAUGGAGAAAAAAUGAAGACUGUAAAUGUGUCUCAGACAUUUAAGACCAUUGAUAACCUGACUGCUGGAGUGCAGUACAAUGUAACUGUCACUGCAGUGGCAGAUGAUGGCCGUACUGAAGGAGCGAAAGCCGCUGUUUCUCUGUACACAAAGCCUGAAGUAGUCAGGAAUCUCACUGUCACUGGUUUUACAACUUCCUCUGUGUCUCUGAACUGGACUGAACCAGAGGGAAAGAGCUCUUUCUAUAGCGUACAGUGGACUGAUGGAGAAAAAAUGAAGACUGUAAAUGUGUCUCAGACAUUUAAGACCAUUGAUAACCUGACUGCUGGAGUGCAGUACAAUGUAACUGUCACUGCAGUGGCAGAUGAUGGCCGUACUGAAGGAGCGAAAGCCGCUGUUUCUCUGUACACAAAGCCUGAUGUCGUCAGGAAUCUCACUGUCACUGGUUUUACAACUUCCUCUGUGUCUCUGAACUGGACUGAACCAGAGGGAAAGAGCUCUUUCUAUAGCGUACAGUGGACUGAUGGAGAAAUAAAAAAGACUGUAAAUGUGUCUCAGACAUUUAAGACCAUUUAUAACCUGACUGCUGGGGUCAAGUACAAUAUAACUGUCACUGCAGUUUCAGAUGAUGGCCGUACUGAAGGAGCGAAAGCCGCUGUUUCUCUGUACACAAAGCCUGAAGUAGUCAGGAAUCUCACUGUCACUGGUUUUACAACUUCCUCUGUGUCUCUGAACUGGACUGAACCAGAGGGAAAGAGCUCUUUCUAUAGCGUACAGUGGACUGAUGGAGAAAAAAUGAAGACUGUAAAUGUGUCUCAGACAUUUAAGACCAUUGAUAACCUGACUGCUGGGGUCAAGUACAAUAUAACUGUCACUGCAGUGGCAGAUGAUGACCGCACUGAAGGAGAGAGUACCACUGUUUCCCAAUACACAAAACCUGCUGUGGUCAGGAAUCUCAGUGUCACUGAAGUCACAACAUCGUCUGUGUCUCUGAAAUGGACUAAACCAGAGGGCAAUGCUACCUCGUACACAGUUCAGUGGGCUUCAGGAAGAGGGACCUUUGAAAACACCACGACUGAAACCUCAUUUACCAUCAAAGAUUUAAUCCCUGGAUUCCAGUACAACAUUACAGUGGCUGCUGUUUCUGUAAAACAAUCAAACAAAGGAGAAGGAACCUUAAUAACUACCUUCACAAUUCCCACACCUCCUGGUCCCAUCAUCAUCAGUCAGAGGACAAACUCUUCGCUCCAUCUGAUUUGGGCGACUCCUGAUUUGAUGGCGGGUGCUCCAAACAUCAGCUACCAUAUCACCUACCAGCCUAUGGGUGGCAAAGUACAAAAUAAAACCUCCUCAGUCAAUAACACAGAGCUGUCUUCGCUUUCCUCUGGAACUUCCUACAAUAUAACUGUAGAAACAGUUGGACCCCAAAAUUUAAGGAGCGUGGCUGUCCAUAAUUCUACUUUCACCCUGCCCAAUGCAGUGACCAACCUCACAGUGGGAGUUGUGAACACAACGGCCAUCCAGCUGACUUGGCUUAGACCAAAUGAUUAUAAGCCUUCCUACUCCUACCAGGUGAUAGCGCUCCGUAAUGCCGGGGUUAAGAAAGAGUCAACUAAGACUGAGGCUUACACCUUCUGCGACCUGGUCCCUGGAGGAUUUUACACUUUUAAUGUAUUUACAGUAGUAGAAGGGGUCACUUCCACAGUGGAAAGCACAUCAAGUUACACAAUUCCCAAUCCUCCUGGUCCCAUCAUGGUGGAGUUUCAGUCUGUGCAGUCCAUCAACUUUACCUGGCCCUUUCCAGAGGACAUGGACCAAAAUCAGUGCAACUUCAGUGUGUCCAGUUUUAAAGGCUCAAUUGUGAUUGAAAACAACUGGUUCCUGCUGGACAAUCUCCAGUCUGGAAGCCCCUACAAUAUCUCUGUUGUUACUGUAAGUGUGGGGAACUAUAAGAGCACAGAAGUGACAGCAGAAAACUAUACCAGACCAUAUAAUGUUACGAUGCUGAGACAGGCACAAAUCACCACAAAUACAGUGACCUUGGUGUGGGAGCAGCUAGAGAGCAAAUCUCACUACUCAUAUCUGCUGCAGGCCUCCAACGGCUCCUUUGUUCUAUCUAAGGAAGUCUUUAAAACCACAACAAGCACAAUCUCUGGACUUCUCUCUGGGAGCAACUACAGCUUCACUGUCACUACACAGACAGCAGAUGGCACUCUGGCAGCUCCUGUGACAGUGUCCUACUUUACACGGCCAUAUAGUAUUAGAUGGUCGAAGGCUGAAACAUUAAACACAACUGCUGUAUAUCUGGUUUGGAAGAAACCGCUGGAGUACAAGAAUGAAUAUACAUAUACGGUUGAGACUACAGGCUGUGGCUCCCAAAACAAAACCCUCGCAGGAGAAGAAACGCAGAUCUCAGAGCUCACCCCUGGGACCAACUGCACCUUCUGUGUUUUCGUCAGGGCAGCAGAUGGCAUCGAAGGGCAAAAAAACUGCACCUCUCUGUACACUAAGCCUGAGACAGUGCAACCCAGUAUCUCCAGCCAGGGCUCCAAUAGUUCAGUCCUGGUGUCAUGGACCACACCUCCUGGGAAAGUGGAGUAUUAUAAGGUUUAUCUAAACAGCACUUCCACAGCUUCAGAGCUGAACUCUACCAAUACCUACUGUCUGUUUAAGAACCUGUCCGCUGGAAGGCUUUACUCUGCCGUGGUAACCACAUAUAGUGGACCCUUCAAUGCAUCAUCUGGAUUGAUUACUAAUGCAACUUUCCCUAACCCUCCCGGGCCGAUUGAGAUCCUGACGAAGACAACCAGCUCCAUCAACAUUAGGUGGAAGGAAGCUCCUCUGAUGACCGGUGCAUCAUUCCACUACCAGCUGACUUUCACAUCACACCUAGGAGGCACAUACAUCACUACCACAAACACCAGUCAAACUUUUGCUUCCCUGCUUUCUGGGACUUCCUACAACAUCUCUGUGGCAACAGUGGGUGCCAUGGAUUUUGAGAGUGAGAAGGUUCAGAUCCACAUGGUCACCACAAGACCGUUCAGUGUGAAGUAUCUUAACAUUUCUACAGAAGAGGAGAACAUCACAGUCAAGUGGGACAAACCUGACGAAUACAAGGAAAGCUAUCGUUACAAUUUGACCUGGCAAAGCUUAAAUGGGUCUAUUAAUAAUGCCAUAACUGAAGAAACUGAGUAUAAUAUUGAAGACCUGGUUCCUGGCAGUCACUAUAACAUUAGUGUCACCACAAAGACCUCUGAUGGAACACAGGGUGCUCCAAGUUGGAUGUCCAGCUGCACAAAUGCAAGCCCCGUGAAAAACAUUCAAUGUACAGGUCCGAACACAACAGACGCAGAAAUCAUCCUGUCCUGGACCAAGCCCACUGGCAAUUACUCUGACUUCCAGUUCACUGUAAUAAAUGAUGACAAGUUCAUCCACUUGUCAUCAUCAAGCACCUGUUGUGGUCAUAAUGUCUCAUACCUUCGUCACUAUACUGAAUACAAUCUGACUGUGAAGACUCAGAGCUGUGGACACUCCAGCACUCCUGUGUCUCUUCUCUGCAGUACAGGCAUCACAAAUCCACCCAUUCCAGAUAACUAUCAGUCACUGGUGGUGGUGAAUAAAUUGCUAUACAACAGGUUCUCCCUUCAUAUUGACUCCAGCCUGCUGAACAACACUAAUGGGCCAAUCACACAUGUUGGGGUGCUAGUGAAAAGGGACCUCUUUGAUGGCACUUCUAAUUUGACAAAUUACUUGGAGAACACUUAUGAUCUGUGGAAGGCAGGGGCUACUAAUGUAUACCUGGCAACAGUCACAAAGAACACCUUCCAGUCACGCAGUGGAGAAAACCAUCUGAGCAUAGAAGUAGGAGAUGAAACCAAAUGGGAGGGCUACACUAAUGGUGCUCUGGAAGCCAGUGGAAAAUACCAGUAUGGUAUUGUGUUGUUCACCAGUCUGGUUCUGCAAAAUAACCUUGUGAAUGGUCAAAAAUCACUGGUCUCAAUUACAAGCGUCUUUAGUGUUAUUGAACUCCCAAACAACCCAGCUUAUGCUGGCAUUGCUAUUGGAGCAACAUUGGGAAUUUUUUGCGUUCUCUUCAUUAUCCUCAUCAGCUUCAUUAUCUACUGGAAAAGAUUAUCCAACAAAGAAUCGCCAGACAUACAGAUUCAGUCCAUGAGAGCCAAAGUAAGUGUGGCUGUGAGGGUGGAGGACUACGAGGCUUACUACAGGAAGCAGAAAGCUGACUCCAACUGUGGCUUUGCCGAAGAGUUUGAGGACCUGAAGCUUGUUGGUACAGGUCAGUCGAAAACACAUGCUCUGACUGUGGAGAACAAGCCCAAGAACCGCUACAACAACGUGCUUCCCUAUGACUCUUCUAGGGUGAAACUCUCUAUUAUCCAUGGGAGUCCAUAUGACGACUAUAUCAAUGCUAACUACAUGCCGGGUUACAACUCCAGAAAGGAGUUUAUUGCAGCUCAGGGUCCUUUGCCCACCACAGUGAACGAGUUCUGGAGGAUGAUCUGGGAGAUGAAUGUACAGACUCUGGUCAUGCUGACACGCUGCAAUGAACAGGGACGAGUAAAAUGUGAACAAUACUGGAAUUCUGGCACCAAGCGCUUUGACAACAUCACUGUGACAACAACCUCUGACAUACCAUUUGAAGACUGGACCAUCAGGGACUUUGACAUUAAAAAUGUGAAAACAGCAGAGACCCGUUCAGUGCGUCACUUCCACUUCACAGCCUGGCCAGAUCACGGGGUACCAGAAACCACCGAGCUCCUCAUCAGCUUCAGACAUUUGGUCAGAGAGCACAUGAACCAAUACUCCAGACACUCCCCUACUGUGGUCCACUGCAGUGCUGGAGUGGGUCGCACAGGUACCUUCAUUACCAUUGAUCAUUUGAUCUUCCAGAUUGAAAGGGAAAAUAUUGUGGACGUGUAUGGCAUUGUCUAUGAUCUGCGCAUGCACCGGCCCCUUAUGGUGCAGACAGAGGACCAGUAUGUGUUCUUAAACCAGUGUUCCAUGGACAUCAUCAGAUCAAGAACUGGAACCAAUGUGGAUCUAAUAUACCAAAACACGGCUGCACUAUCUAUUUACGAGAAUGUAGAACCAAAAAAAGGUUACCCCAAAAGAAACUGAGCAGACAUUUGUAAAGGGAACAGAUUGUGCUGUAUUUAUUUUUUAUACCUGGCUGUCACGCUUUUGUUGUAGCUUUCUGGAUUUAAACCUCUAUUUUGUGGUAUUUAUUUGUUAAAAAUGUUCAAUAUUUGAUGAUGGAGGGAACUGUGGACAUCAUCACUGACCAAGAAUAUUUGGAUUACAGUAUACUCUAUAUGUAAACUUUGGUCAAAUAUAAAAUUGGAUUCUCUCUUAUAACUGCAGAUUUUUGUAUUGCUCAGUUGUUGUUUUUUUCUGCUUGUUUACUACUGUAUACGACUUACUGAUGAUUACGUUUUUUGCUCAGGUAAUAUGUUGGAAGCUGUAUAGGUAUUAUUACAGGCACUUUUGAAAAACUUUGGACCUUGGAAUUGCCUUGGAAAUGCUGGUAUGAAUACUGUGUGCCUUUUCCAAACCUGUAUGCUUUAUUACCAAUAGGUGGCACUCCUUUAUUUUUGUUUCAAACUGAAAAAGACAAACAGGGAAAUGUUAUGAUAUUACCUUGCUACAGGAACCUUAAGAUUAAGUUUCUCAAUAUAUCAUAUUUUAUUGAAGUUUGUCAGAUCAUCCAACCAAUUUGUUUUGCACCUCUUAAGCCAGUUUGAACUGUGCAAUGCCUUUUCUUGAGGGAGUUUUGUUGUUUGUUGUAGAGACGUUUGUACUUGUAUGCACUGUAGUGAAUAAUGCACUGGAUGCAUUUGUCUUUCUACACUGUCCACUUUUUUAAACUAUAGAGAUGUAUUUUUAUCAGUAUCGCUGAUUACAUUUUGGCCAGUGCUUUGUGAAACUGUUUGGAACAUUUUGCUAUUCAGCCCGCAUGUGAUUGUUGCAGUUUUACUUUGAUUAUUGUUUUGAGAUUAAAGAGAUGAGAUGGGUCGCAUUAAACACAACCUCAGGAACUCAAACAAUGAAAACUGAACAUUUUACUGGGAGGUAUGUUUUUAGAAAAUCCAUACUGUGCCAGUGUGUACUUUGAAGAUCUUAGAGGUCACAUCCAUUGUUUUGUUAAUGUCUGUCAUCUCUACAUUGUACAUUCCUCAGAGAAACAGCAAUAUUAUGUCGCUUCCUGCUGCAUAUCUGGUCUGUCUAUGGACAUUUCCUGUGACGUUAAAAUCACCAGAGGAGCACAAGCUUUAUUUUCAGUUUCUAAAGGGCAUGAGGCAGGUACGUUUUUUUGUUUUUAAAGUGAAUUGAUGUGUGUGGUUAGUCUGUAGAUAUUUUUAUUUUUUAAGUCCAUGUUUUAUUUUUAUUGCAUCAUAAUGUACUUGUAAUGAUUGAAAGCACAUGUUUUUUGAGAUGCUUUAUGAGAUGCUUGCUGUUACAAUGCAAAGAUGUAAAAGGAGCAAGGAUUUAAUAUUUGUAUGCCCUUCAGUCUGUAAAACAAAAUGGGAUUAAAGAUGAACCAAAAUGUUA